GUUGGUUGUCGUCUGCAGUAAACAACUUGCGGCGGUAAAUUUUUGUAUCUUAAAAAUAGAUUAGUGGCGCUGUUGCAAAGUUAGUUCGCUGUUUGUGUUAUCCAGCUCUCAGCGUGAUAUAUCAAAAAUAAAGAAAAUCAGAUGUCCUUGCUGUGACAAAGCCAGUUUUAAUGGAUGUCAUGUGAGACUGGAUUGAGACAUGGAAUUUCUUCUUUUCUGAAUGUGACAAACUUUUAAGUGAUUGUGACUAUAUAUUUAAAAAAGUCCUUGAGGUGCCAAGGUAUCUACCAUAAUGUCUGAGAAAGAAAAGCAACGACUUCCACAGAGCAGCAAGAAUGAAUCAUCAGGGUCAGCGACAGGAAAUCCACGCAACAAAGUGGUAUUGCGGCCUGGUCAUUCCCUGAUGGACUGGAUACGUCUUGGGCAGUCGGGAACCGACCUCACCGGUGUAGGCGGUGUAACACAGGAUGUAACUGUUGCUCAAUUGGCACAGCACAACACUAAAGACGAUGCCUGGAUUGCUAUUAGAGGAAUAGUUUACAAUGUGACACGUUACAUGGAUUUCCACCCUGGUGGCUCUGAACAGCUGAUGAGGGGUGUAGGUAAAGAUGCAACAGAUUUAUUUAAUCAGGUACAUGCUUGGGUGAAUUAUGAUUCUAUUCUCAAAAAGUGUGUUGUGGGGCGCCUGAAGCGAGGAGAGAGCAGAAACGAAGACCUUCGUAUGCAUCUGUUUGGAAGUAAUAAAAAGAAACCACCAGUUCCUGGUUUUCAAAAUGAUUUGGUGAAUGGAAAAAUCCCACAGGCAGAAGUGAAGAAAGGUGUUCAGAGACCACGCAUGGACUGGUAUCAGAAGCUUUCAUCGCUUAGUUUAAUUUUCUAUACUAAAGUACUGUUCCCAUAUGUAAAGGUGUGUCUUAGUGGUGAGAGAGAACUUAAAGUUAUUAUCAGAAUCGGUGUGGAUGUACACUUCUGGCACUACAAUCUUUUAGAGGAUGUUGUGUGGCCGUGUUCUGUUACUGCAAGUAGGGAAAAGGUAGAGAUACAGUUCCAGAAAAGGACAGAAAAAAUGUGGCCAAACUUCGGAAGACCGUGUGAUGACAACGAAAGCACAAGUACAGUACAAGGUGAAUCAGAACAUGAUAUGAUGAACAUAGAGACUGUAUUACCAGUAUCCCACAAUACCAAAUUGUUUGUGUUAUCUUUUAAGAAGAAGAUAUACAGCCUGUUUCCAUUGGGUCAUCACAUAAAACUUCAUGCAGACAUAGAAGGUUUGCAGGUUACACGCUGUUACACUCCAGUACCACCAUCAUUAAGUCUGGAAGAAAUUCCUCCACAGUGGAAAGCUGAACAUAUAUGCCUCAUGGUUAAAGAAUAUGCAAAUGGACAGCUUACUCCAUGGUUAUGCAAUCUGGCCCCUGGUAAUACCUUGGAAAUAAGUGGUCCUGAAGGCUCAUUUGACCCAUCAAGGUUAUUGACUGUGUCUCAUUUAUAUCUUCUGGCAGCAGGGACUGGAAUCACACCAAUGCUGUCUCUAGUGAAGUGGGGAGUUGAUCCAUCUAACAGUAUAUGCCAGCAAGUUAACAUGAUGUUCUUCAAUUGCAAGGAGAGAGAUAUAUUAUGGAGAGAGCAAUUGGAUACUUUACAGAAAGAAAAUAACAGGUUCACAAUCAUUAAUGUCUUGUCAGAGGCAGAAGCUGGGUGGAAUGGUCAACGAGGUCGAGUAGAUCUUGAAUUACUUCAGAAUUUCUUGCCCUUGACAGGCAAUGAUUCUGGCAGUUACUAUGUCUGUGUAUGUGGACCAACAGCUUUUACCAGAUUAACAGAACAGUUUCUGAAGGAAAUGAAUUGUGCAGAAACGAAUUAUCAUUGCUUUGUUGGAUGAAGUACUGGAUUCUCACAGGCAUGUCACACCGUCUGCAACCAAAAAAUGUAUGGUAAAACAAAGGUUUUGCAAUCAGGUUGCUCUUAACAGCUAAGCAAGUGGGAACAUUUGACAAGACAGCUUGAAGUGCAGUGAACUUUUUUCGUGGCAGUGUAGACUAAUAUCUUAGUUUUUUAUUCCAUAUUUUUGCUAUAUGUGAAAGCUGUGUGAGAGAGACAGUGUUUUAAAAAUAUGCAACUGAGUACAUUUUUAAGAAUAUGAAAACAAAUGAAAUAAUAAGUAAAAUUUGACGGGAUGAGAUUUGACUUGUACAAGAGAUGUCGACUUUACUAAGCAAAGUAGAUGUGAAAAUUUAGAUUUUGAAUGAGUUUCAUUUACUGUGCUUUUGAUAAUCUCAACAAAACAGUUGUGGAAAGGUAGGAAUUGAAGGGGCAAGUAGGCAAAUCGUGACUCAACUACUGUUUAAUGAAUCUAUCUGCAUGAACAGCGAAAUGGGAAUAUUUACAGUCAAAGAAUUUUAUGUUAUUAAUGAAUGUACAUUGAAAAAACAUUGUCUUCAGAAAGGAGAGUAAAAUGAUGAUCAGGUGAAUGUUAGACAUAGCAACCCAGUUACAAUAAGCGGUGGACAUAAAUUGUGAGAGGCAUACCUGACAGUAGUUGUAAUAAAUUUAUAUUUUAUGAGUGAAACUAAUUGAUUUGUGGAACAGCUGAUGCAGCAGUAAAUAUACUAUAUUACUAGGUUAUUCAUAGCUGUUUCAGUGGGUUUUUAAAUGCAGAAUCAGAAAGGGAUCCAGUAUGUACUUCCAUGUUUAUAGGUGUACAAAAAUCCUGUCAUAAUAUUUGAUAAGUUUCAGUGUAUAUGAUUUGAAAAGUUUGUGUCUGGUUUCCUAUCUCAUAUACUUUAUAACUUUACAAUUACUACUUCUUCCUGUUUACCUACUUACACUGUUUUUGCAUAUGGUUUCCCUCGUACAUCCAAAGAGAUUUUUAAUUUUCUGUAUUUCGUCCUUUCAUUUAUAUUACUCCUCCUAGUGUGUGUGUGUGUGUGUGUGUGUGUG